AUGACAGAAAGUAAUAGCAGACUCGACGAAGCAUCCAUUGAACGACAUAGUACAGAAAAGGCAAAGGAGAGGACUAGAGGGAGAAGGCAAACAAUGAAUAAUGUAGAAAGGAUUGAGGAAGGACCUUGUAGGGAGGAGACUACAGUCCAAACAGUCCAGUUCAUUAGUCUACAGGACUCGAAGCUUUUCCUCCAGACAAUUACUUCCCAUCUUAAAGGUUCCUCUGCUUCCAAUUCCCAUCGCAAAUCUUUCGCUAACACUAGAGGGCUUCGACUUAAAAGUACUAGCGGAUUACCAUGCAAACUGCUCCUAUCCAGGUCACGACCCCCUCCAGCUCCCCCCCCCCUCCCGAAUGGUGUCGUUCUUUGUUCCAGCGGUGAGAGAAGCUCCGCAGGGUUUUUGCCGAAGAAGGUACUGUUCUAUGUGGCAAGGAUGGAGAAUGAAGCAAUCCCUAAGAUGAUCCUGACAGUACCUCUCUACGGCACAAGAAUGGGUGGGAGACCAAAACUAAGAUGGCAGGAGCUGUAUGAUGGCCGCAAAGAAUAGAGAUGGCUGGAGGAAGCCGGUGGAGAAGGCCAGGACUCGUCACCGAGUUAUAGCGCCGUGAUAAUAGUUUAUAUAUUGUAGCAAGAGUCCAAGUACAAGUUGAAAACUGAUUGGUCAGCACUAGAGACCUGGAAAAUAUUGUAUUAAUCUACUGAAAAACGGAAAUAAAUAAAUCGAUUUUCUCCACUAUCACCCAGAAAGGGAACUUAAAAGGAGGACAACAUGAAACUGCCACUGCAGAAUGCUAGAUUAUCAAAAUUCUCCAAAUCAAUUUAAUUUGAAACUAUGUAAUCAUCUUCCCAAAUUAAAUUAACAUACUAACAGCAUUAUAAUUAAUUUAGGCCACUCACAAGCUAUAUCAUGUAUGAUCAUUUUCGUAUUAAAAUAAAGCAAUCCAUUAUAAAAUAAAAAAAUCCCAUAUUCUUCAUUUUCCAUAUAUACUGUCUAUAAUCAGUCAAAAUAAAGUUAACUGAUAGAAUCAACCGAUUAUCAUUAAUAUCUUCAAUAAAAAAGGAAUACCAUGAUUAAAUAUUUCAAUAAAAACUACUACUACUCAAUCGGCACAGCUUUCCU